UAUAUAGUCAUUUAAUUAAGGAAUGUCCGUAUCACACCACUAGAUGUUUCCUCCGAGCGAUUUUGGAUAGAAGUUUGACAGGAAGAAAGUGUUGAUGAAGAAAUCAGUCGCAGCACUCAUUUUGUUGUUGACAGUUGGAUUAAACAAUGGAAUGGUUAUACAGUUUGGAAACAUGAUUAAGAAAACGUCCCGAAUACCCCCACUGUCAUUCAACGGGUAUGGAAACUAUUGUGGUAUGUUUGGCAGUGGAAGAGAAAUGGACAACAUAGACAGAUGUUGCAGUGCCCACGACAAAUGUCUUUCAACAACAAACAGAUUUCAUUGUCUUCCGUUCUUUUACUUCUCUUAUUAUAUAUUGCCAUACAGUUGGUACAUGCAAGACGGUCACAUCCAGUGCGCUCCAACAAAUACACGAUGUGCACAAGGGCUAUGCGACUGUGACAGACUCUGUGCUGAAUGUUUUGCCAAGUACGACAACGAAUAUAAUCCAGCUCUGAAAAGACGAUUAAAUAUAAUGGGAUGACAAAAAAAAAAAUUUAACUACAGU